GACGGGGCGGUCGGCGGCUCCGUGGCCGCCGCCGGCAUGGAGGUAGCGAGGCGGCGCGUCCGGGCCGAGGGGUACCCCCCCUGGGGAGUGCUGCUCCCCCCUUUCCUCCUCCUCCUCUUCCUAGCAGCAGAAGACUGUCUGGCUCAGUGUGCUAAUGACUGCAAAGCUUACUGCUGUGAUGGGACUACUCCCUACUGCUGUUCAUAUUAUGCUUACAUCGGGAAUGUCCUCUCAGGCACGGCGAUAGCUGGAAUUGUUUUUGGUAUAGUAUUUAUAAUGGGAGUGAUUGCUGGGCUUGCCAUCUGUAUCUGCAUGUGCAUGAAGAGCAACCGUGGGACUCGAGUAGGGGUCAUCAGAACUACACACAUUAACACCAUCAGCACAUACCCAGUGGCCCCACCACCAUACAGUUAUGAAUACGAAAUGGAGUACCCAGCUGACCUACCUCCACCUUAUACUCCUACCCCACAGACUUCCAUACAGUAUCCCCCACCCCCUCCAUACCCUGGAUAUUCAGGGAAAUAACUACAUGGCUUCACAUGGAUAUUGACUGCCUGUUCAAACAGCCAACGCCAUUGGGACAGAUAUUAUUGUCUCAGGGACAAAGAGCAUCCCUUGAUGGGGUCACAUCAACACAUAUGGCCAAGUGUUGAAAUAACCUGGAAGGGUUGACAUGGCUCAGGACAAAGAAGAACAGUGUCCACUCCAGACCGUCAUGUUUCACAAUCAAACAAAACAUGACCAAAGAAACAGCUCCUGGAAGUUAGUGCCUGAUGGGUAGUGCUUAGCAUCAGCGCUGGGCUUCAGCCGUGGCUAGU